AUGCACCGUGGCUGGAAGCAUUGUAGUUCCGCCAAACGACUCAAAUUAGAUCUAAACCAGUGCAAGCAGCAGAUGAACUAUCACCAAAACGGCAAGCGAAGCCACACCCAAGAGGCGGGGGGCAUCUAUGUGCGGGGAAACACAGUUCCCCGCGGGCCUGGCGGUGUCAGUGCCUACUUCCGGGCGGCGGCCAUGGUGGCCAACGAUAGUGGGAACUCCAAAGCCCGGAUGCUAGAGAACCCGCAUUUUCGGGAAGUUGCGUCGGUCUCUUACAUGCCACAUCCAGCCAGGACGGCGUAUAUCGAAUCCUACUUGCAAGCCAUCGAGGCCUCGUAUGUAGAGCAGAACAUGCGGUCCAAUGCUGAGCUGGAAAACAAGCUGGAUGCUUUCAAAGCCCGGAUACAGGCGCCUUCUGCGGAUUCAGGAGAGUCGCAGGAGGCCGCAGAGAGUAAAUUGGAAAAGGUGCUGCGGAAAAUAUCCAGCGAUCACACGCCGAAGAUAAGUGCGCUUCCUAAAACCUCGCACUUUGCUUACCUCAGAGAUGCCAUCCGCUCGCUUGGCGGCCAAAAAACGAUAUGCUUGUGUGUGGACGUCGAGGCAUUUGAGCGCAACACCAACGUGGUGACAGAGAUCGGGAUUUCCAUCUACGAUCCACGCGAAAGCUUGUUCUCGACGGUUCCCAAGUUCAGGACCUACCAUUUGAUAGUUAGCGAGUCGCUGAAGCUGCGCAACGGGCGGUUUGUAUGCGAUUUGAAAGACUGUUUUUUGCUGGGCGAGAGCCUGGUGAUGUCGUUGAACAACUGUGUCAAAUUCAUCCAAACACUAAUAAACUACUACAUGAUCCCGCAAACCGCUGCAGAGCUCACCUGGGAGCGCGCAUUUGUCGGCCACAAUGUGAAGGGGGAUUUGAAGUGGCUCUCUAGUAUCGGCGUGAACAUACCGAAAGACGUCGACUAUAAUGCGGACCAACUACAGAACCCGAACCGCAUACAGGUGCUGGACACGGAGCGUUUAUUCAAAAGUCUCUACGGCAGCAAGGGAUCGAACCUAGGGAAGAUCUUGCGUCUGUUCGAGGUCCCGCACGCCUUUUUGCACAACGCGGGAAACGAUGCUUAUUUCACAUUGAAGCUACUGCUCCACAUGUGCGAUAUACACUACCGGAAGCAGUUGCACAUGGACGAUUUUUACGCGAUAGCGCACAGGAUAGACACCUGGAACAAGCGGGACUCCGCAGAAGCCAAAAUAUUGCCUUUGUCGUAUGUCAAGGCAGCCGUCGAGUUCACGGACAGCACCGUGAAGCGCAAGACCGUGCACCAAACGGAGUUUGGGGGCUGCUUGUGGGUGGACGAUCCCAUCGCCGCCAUUACCAAGGAUGAAUAG